AUGUGGGCUAGUGGCCUUGGGACAUUAUCGCCAGGGCACAAGGAAGGACAGUCUGGCAUCCGGCACCGAUUCAUGAGUUCCGACCGGGAAGCUAGAGCCCUGCCUCCUCUAGGGAAGGGGGAUAGAGAACGCAGUGGAGAAAGGGCAAUCGAGGCAAGAACUCGGAGAAAGUUCGCGAUGUGCCCGACUCUGAUCUCCUCAGCCCCUGGGAGGUCAAGCCCAGACAGGACGACAGGAAAGAAGGGUGGGCAAGGCCUUGGGCACUUGAGGGAAUCCGAGUCUCCCACUCUCCACUUUUCCCAAAGGAGACAAGGGCCUGGAGUCUCUUGUGAGCCCCGGGUCCUUCCAAAGUCUGGCAAUCGAUGGGGAGAAGAGUCCUUCGGCGAGUUUGAGGAGCCUGAGCCAGUGGAGGACUGUGUGCAGAGCACACUCGCCGCCUUGUACCCACCCUUUGAAGCCACAGCCCCCACUCUGUUGGGCCAGGUCUUCCAAGUGGUGGAGAGGACUUACCGGGAGGAUGCGCUGAGGUACACGCUGGACUUCCUGGUACCAGCCAAGCACCUGCUUGCCAAGGUCCAGCAGGAAGCCUGUGCCCAGUACAGCGGAUUCCUCUUCUUCCAUGAGGGCUGGCCUCUCUGCCUGCAUGAGCAGGUGGUCGUGCAACUAGCAGCUCUUCCCUGGCAGCUGCUGCGCCCCGGAGACUUCUACCUGCAGGUGGUGCCCUCCGCAGCCCAAGCACCCCAUCUGGCACUCAAAUGUCUGGCCCCAGGGGGUGGGCGGGUGCAGGAGCUGCCUGUGCCCAAUGAGACCUGUGCCUACCUGUUUACACCUGAGUGGCUGCAAGGCAUCAACAAGGACCGACCCACGGGUCGCCUCAGUACCUGCCUCCUGUCUGCACCCUCUGGGAUUCACCGGCUGCCCUGGGCUGAACUCAUCUGCCCACGAUUUGUGCACAAAGGGGGCCUCAUGGUUGGACACCGGCCAGGCACGCUGCCUCCUGAACUGCCCUCCGUACCCCCAGGGCUUCCCAGUCCUCCACUCCCUGAGGAGGUGCUGGGCACCCGGAGCCCUGGGGAUGGGCACAAUGCUCCCGCUGAAGGACCAGAGGGUGAGUACGUGGAGCUUUUGGAGGUGACGCUGCCUGUGAGGGGGAGUCCCGCGGAUGCUGAGGGCUCUUCGGGUCCCUCCAGGACCCGGACAGUUCCUACCCGCAAGAGUGCUGGAGGGAAGGGCCGGCACCGGAGGCACCGGGCAUGGAUGCACCAGAAAGGCCUGGGGGUUCGGGCUCAGGACCAGGAUGGAUCACGCCCACCCGGUGAGGGGAGCAGCACUGGAGCCUCCCCCGGGUCUCCGCCGGGAGCUGAAGCUGUCCCAGGGGCAGCAGACGUGGAGGUGUCUGAACCCCCGACGGAAGCCUUGGGGGAAGCCUCUGAAUCCUGCCUCCCAAGGGCAGGGGAGCCUGGCCCAGUCCAGGGGCCUGAAGGGCCACCUGGUACCCCUCGGAGAACAGGCAAAGGAAACCGGAGAAAGAAGCGAGCCACAGGCAGAGGGGCUCUGAGCCGAGGAGGGGACAGUGUCCCACUCAGCCCUGGGGACAAGGAAGAGACUGACCACCAGGAAGCCCUUCUCAGUCUGCCCUCACCAAAUGAAAACAACCUUCCAGAAUGCAGCCUGGUUAAGGUUGAGAGCAAAGGCUCUGGAAAGUCAGAAUCAGAGCCCAAAGAAGAGCUCACACCCACAGACAAAAAAGUGCCUCUGCCCCCAGAAGACGAUGGUUCUACAAAAGAGGGCACCAGAGAGAGAGAACAAGACAGAUCGAGCCUGGUUUGUGUGGCAGGAUCUAUAGGCCCAGAGGGGCUCCUGUCUGACCCCCCAACACAACCCUCGGAGCCUGCACGGGAAGUAAAAGUGGACAGCAUUCCAGAAGCAGCCCCUCUAGUCUCCAUCUCUGAUGGCCCUGAGAUAGCCUGGGAUUUGAUGGCAUCCGGAUUCCUUGUCCUGACUGGAGGGGUGGACCAGAGUGGGCGAGCUCUGCUGACCAUUACCCCACCGUGUCCUCCUGAGGAGCCCCCACCCUCCCGAGACAUGCUGAGCACUGUUCUUCAUUACCUCCACUCACUGCUCAGACCUGAUCUCCAGUCACUGGGACUGUCUGUCCUGCUGGACCUUCGCAAAGCACCUCCACUGCCUCCAGCGCUCAUUCCUGCUCUGAGUCAACUUCAGGACUCGGGAGACCCUCCCCUUAUUCAGCGGCUGCUGAUUCUCACUCAUGGUGACUCUCCCACUGAACUCUGUGGAUCUCAGGGCGCUGAGUGGCUGUCAGAGAAUGAUCUGAAAAGAGUGGCCAAGCCAGAGGAGCUGCAGUGGGACCUAGGAGGUCAGAGGGACCCCUCUCCCAGCCACUGGGUAGAAGUACAUAAGGAAGUAGCAAGGCUAUGUGGCCUGUGCCGGGGUGUGCUGGGCUCCAUACGGCAGGCCAUUGAAGAGCUGGAAAGAGCAGCAGAGUCAGAGGGAGAGGAGGUGAUGGGAAUGCCUGAGCCCCUGAAGAAGGUGCUGGCUGAUCACCGACUGACAGCACUGCAGAGGGAUGGGGGCGCCAUCCUCAUGAGGCUGCGCUCCACCCACAGCAGCAAGCUGGAGGGCUCGGACCCAGCUACCCUCUUUCAGGAGGUGGAUGAGGCCAUUCACCAGCUUGUGCGCCUCUCCAACCUGCAAGUGCAACGGCAGGAGCAGCGGCAAUGCCUGCACCGACUCCAGCAGGUGCUGCAAUGGCUCUCAGGCCCAGGAGAGGAGCAGCUGGCAAGUUUUGCUAUGCCUGGGGACUCCCUGCCUGCUCUGCAGGAGACAGAGCUGAGAUUCCGGGCUUUCAGCACUGAGGUUCAGGAGCGCCUGGCCCAGGCCCGGGAGGCCUUGGCCCUGCAGGAGGACCCUGUCUCCCAGAAGGUUUUGGAUACCUUCGAGCAGCGGCUGGAGCAGGUGGAGAGUGGCCUCCACCGGGCCCUGCGGCUUCAGCGCUUCUUCCAGCAGGCACAUGAGUGGGUAGAUGAGGGCUCUGCUCGGCUGGCAGGAGCCGGGCCAGGUCGUGAGGCCCUGUUGGCCGCACUCGCCCUGCGGCGGGCCCCAGAGCCCAGUGCCGGCACAUUCCAGGAGAUGAGGGCCCUGGCCCUGGACCUGGGCAGCCCGGCAGCCCUGCGAGAGUGGGGCCGCUGCCGCGCCCGCUGCCAAGAGCUGGAGAGGAGGAUUCAGCAGCAGAUGGGAGAGGAAGCCAGUCCACGGGGCCAUCGGCGACGGCGAGCAGACAGCGCCGGCAGUGCAGGGGCCCAGCGGGGCUCUCAGAGCCCCUCACCCAGCCUCAGUUCCCUACUGCUCCCUAGCAGCCCUGGACCAAGGGCUGCUCUGUCCCAUUGCUCCCUGGCUCCCUGUGGGGAGGACUAUGAGGAGGAGGCCCCUGAGCCGGCUCCAGAGGCAGAUGGCAAACCCCCAAGGGCUGUGCUAAUCCGAGGCCUGGAGGUCACCAGCACGGAGGUGGUAGACAGGACGUGCUCGCCGCGGGAACAUGUGCUGCUGGGCCGGGCUGGAGGGCCGGAUGGUCCCUGGGGAGUGAGCACCCCCCGGAUGGAGCGCAAGCGGAGUAUCAGUGCCCAGCAGCGUCUGGUGUCUGAACUGAUUGCCUGUGAACAGGAGUAUGUGAGCAGCCUGACUGAGCCAGUGCCCGCCCCUGGGCCUGAGCUGACGCCUGAACUUCGGGGCACCUGGGCUGCUGUCCUGAGCACCCGGGAAAGACUUCGAAGCUUCCACCGGACACACUUUCUGCGGGAGCUACAGGGCUGUGCCACCCACCCUCUGCGCAUCGGGGCCUGCUUCCUUCGCCACGGGGACCAGUUUGGCCUCUACGCUCAGUAUGUGAAGCACCGACACAAACUGGAGAGUUGUCUGACCACCCUCAACCCCCCAGCCAAGGGCUCCAUGGAGGGUGGCCCUUAUCUGCCCCUGGCCCUACAGCAGCCCCUGGAACAACUGGCUCGGUAUGGGCGGCUCCUAGAGGAGCUUCUGAGGGAAGCUGGGCCUGAGCCGAGUUCUGAACGCCAGGCCCUCGGGGCUGCAGUGCAGCUGCUCCGGGAACAAGAGGCCCGAGGCAGAGACCUGCUGGCUGUGGAGGCUGUGCGAGGCUGUGAGAUAGAUCUGAAGGAGCAGGGACAGCUCUUGCAUCGGGACCCCUUCACUGUCAUCUGUGGCCGGAAGAAGUGUCUUCGUCAUGUCUUUCUCUUUGAGCACCUCCUCUUGUUCAGCAAGCUCAAGGGCUCUGAGGCGGGCCCUGAGACCUUUGUUUACAAGCAGGCUUUUAAGACUGCUGACAUGGGGCUGACCGAAAACAUUGGGGACAGCGGGCUCUGCUUUGAACUGUGGUUCCGGCGGCGGCGUGCGCGAGAGGCAUACACUUUGCAGGCAACCUCACCGGAGAUCAAACUCAAGUGGACAAGUUCCAUCGCCCAGCUGCUGUGGAGACAGGCAGCCCACAACAAGGAGCUCCGAGUGCAGCAGAUGGUGUCUAUGGGCAUUGGGAAUAAACCCUUCCUGGACAUCAAAGCCCUUGGGGAGCGGACACUGAGUGCCCUGCUUACCGGGAGAGCUGCCCGCACCCGGGCCUCCGUGGCCGUGUCAUCCUUUGAGCAUGCCGGCCCUUCCCUUCCCGGCCUCUCGCCGGGAGCCUGCUCCCUGCCUGCCCGCGUCGAGGAGGAGGCCUGGGAUCUGGACGUCAAGCAAAUUUCCCUGGCCCCAGAAACACUUGAUUCUUCUGGAGAUGUGUCCCCGGGACCAAGAAACAGCCCCAGCGUGCAACCCCCCCACCCUGGGAGCAGCACUCCCACCCUGGCCAGUGGAGGGAUCUUAGGGCUAUCCUGGCAGAGUCACGCUCGAGCCCUGAGUGACCCCACCACGCCUCUGUGAGCUAGAGCAGAUCCAGAACUUGGCUGCAGCCCCUCCCUCAGCACAUUUUGGGCUAGGAUGGCAGUGGCACGUAACGGAGGACUAGGAGAGCACUGAAUUCCUCCCCUCUGCUCUCUGAACAGGGAGGAGGGCUAAGGACCAGAGCAUCCCCUGCUACUGCUAUCUCUAGCUCUCCCCUGCUUGGUGCCUUCUCCUGCAGGAGCCAGCAUGGCCACCUGCUUGCCUUCAUACCCUGGAGGUGGGAAAUUACCCUUCUUCCAGUCCUUCCCCAUCCGGGGCCACUGCGCACCCCCAGGGCACCGCUGCGCUGACAGCCUGUUUCCUCUUCUCCUCCCCUGACUCUCCCAGGGAAGACAAUCUCUGCCAGGUCAACGGGAGCUCCUGGUGACUCCAUCUUGUGGUGUCACAAGAAAUGGAACUAUGCAAACCAUAAUGCUAGAGGGGGCCAGAACUCCAGGCUUAUAUAUGUAAUUACUGUUAUUAUAAUACUAUUAUUAUAUUAAAUGUACUUACUCACACUUUGCCUCCCAGGAGCCAAAGCCGUCCUCUGGAUUAAGGUGUUUUGACUAACUUGAGCACUUCCCCUCAACCAACCAUUAAGUAGAACACAGGAAAUAAAACCGAGGCUGAAAGGUACUCUCCACCCCUUCCCGGCCCAAAGCUGACUAUGCACGAGCCUAGGCAAAUGUGCUCCUCCACCGUGGCUCCGUGAGCUCUGAACCCCUCUUCCCAUGUGGCACCCACUUCUGGAGGCUGAGCUGGUCACAGAUGACCUGGGGUCCAGCAGUACUCCAGUGAGGUGCUCGGGCCACAGUGUGCAAGAACUCCCUAGGCUACUUGUUAAUUUUUAGGCUCCACCCAGAGGUACCAAAUGUGAAGCCUGGGACUCAAGAUUUUGUUUCAUACCAAGCCCUGAUCAAGUACUUCUCAAGACUAAGUAAUUGAAAAGGUGACAGUUUCCUGGAUGAAAGAAAGAGACCAAGGAAGGGAGUCAGACGUAGGCAGACAGACACAGAGCCCUGUGCCUCAAGACACCUGUUUAUUGGGGACACGACUCUGCAACAGGGAUGACAGGAAUCGUACCAAAAAUAGCAACGUCUACAGGGCCCCUGAUGGGGCUUGAAGGGUACAGUGCCCCCCACCCCCACCCCUUGUACAAAAAUAAACUCUCAGGCCUAUGGACCAGCAAAAACUGGCAGAGUGGUUCCUCAACAGGGACACAACCCUCUCUGCCAGCCCUGGGACCCCGUUCUUUGACCCUCACCUCUGCCACUUCUAAGGCACUGUGACUCCCCUGGGCUGGGUGGGUACCGCCUGCUCACCUUCCUUCGCCCGCUGCCCCUCCACCUCUGGUCGGCCUGGGGCUGGGAUGUGGGU